AUGAGGCUUUUCUCUUUCGGAAGCAAAAUUUGUCUCGUGUUCCACUUCGUGGGAGUUGCUGUGCUCGGAGAUGUCGCGGAGAAUCCGGAAAAGCCGGUGGCAGGUGCUCAAGAGGAAUCUCACAGCCUGGGCACCAGCACUGAUGAGCUUCGGCUUCAGCUACUAGAAGCCUUGGUUAAGAAUCCCCUGAGGGAGCUGCCAGGAGCUGAAGAAGCACUCUUCCUUCAGCUCGAUGAACUUGCUAGGACCGGACAAGGGAGGGCAGUGCUGGCCAAUGAGAGUCUGGUGAGAGUAAUGGGCUCACGAGCGAUGGCGCUAGGCUUCCUGGAGACCAUUUCUGCAGGUUUUCGUGUAGAACUCCCAAAGCUUCCGCUCGUGUGUGCAGACAUCAUCACACGCAUCGAUGACAUUAUCUCUUAUCUUCGAUCUCGUGAACAUCACUUCCGAGUGAAGCGAUGGUCUGAAAAAGCGCUUCACGGCUUGAGGAUUUUCGGUAAGGCCGUUGGAAACAUAACUCCAGUUGCGGCUGCCGCGAAAGCGUUGGGGUUGAAGGCAGACAAGCUUCUUCCGCCUGUCGAUCGCCAAACACUUGAGCGCCUCUUUCACGUGCUAGAGCGAGAAAUCUCAGUGCCAUUGGCCCGGUUCGGCGCCAUUAUGGAGGUCGAGAUGCGAACUGCUAACCCCGAAACGGCAAAUCACUACGCUGAAGUCCUAGAGAAGCUGAAACGUGUCAGCAUGGCCGUGGAUGCCUGCAUGGCUUUCACCCUCCUUGGUAUCUACCGCAAUGACAAAAAUGCCUCGCCGACCCAACUGGUAUUCCCUGAAGUAGAAACCACAGUCAAUGAGAUAUUGCCACAUUCGGAAGCAGGGAAUACUGGGAAGGAAAAACGCGAAGCGGAGGGAGAUGGAGAAGCAGCAGAACGUAGCUAG